UGGCUGUGCGGAUUGUACCCUUUCAUAGUGGUCUCAUUGUCCCCGCACUGCAUUCUGGGGCUCCGUGUGACACCUGCCGCCCAGUUCAGGUAAACGGGAGGCGGUGAAUGCCCGCUGCAUCCGAGCCGCUCAGGUCGGAUUUCUGCGCUUUUUUCAAAGGAAGCAACAACGGGGGUUUCCUCUCUCUCCAUCGUUUCUAUGCCUGAGGUAUUGUUGCAUAUCGCCUCUCCGGAGCUGAACGGGACAGUGCCAUGAGGACUCUCCCCAAAAGCAAAACUUGCGAAGUGUACUGCGUCUCCGGGCAUGGACUCUCAGGCUGCUCCGCUGCACAGGGAGAGGUGGAGUUGAAGGAGCCCACCCAGUCACUGAGCCCCCCCACGAAGCCUGAGGAUCAGGCAGAGAAGAAGGUGGAGGGGGGGAAAGCUUCGGACUGUGGCUCCUGGAGGAGAUGGAUGUUAGGUCUACUCCCUUUCUUUCCCUUCACUGCCGCCAUUGCACUGACUCUCCACUUCUUAACAUCUCCGCCUUCCUCAGUGUUCUUCCUUGGUGGCAGCAUGGAGUUCCCAAACCUGAGCUUCUCCUCAGAGCUGACUGACUCCACCUCUCCUCAGUUCCGCCUGCAGGCUCAGGCUUUGAACCAUUAUUUCUCAGAACUCUACGAGUCCUCACCGUGGAGCUCUUACCACCUACACUCAGGAAUUACUGCCUUCAGUGAAGGAGCAGAAGGGCUCACCGUCUUCUACUGGAGUAAAUUCUCAGCCCCGGAUGAUGUCGCAAUGGCAAUACAGAGGUCCAGCCCGGAGAGGCUGCAGCGCAGGCUUCCUGGGACCAACAAGGUGGUGCGGGACACCCGCAACGAGCAGCGCUAUUACAUGGAGCAAAAUGACAACAUGCUCCACCUGCUGGGUUUGGAUCCUGAUGACUUCGAAUCUGAAGACAAAUCAGACAAGAGUACGAAUCAAAACAGCAUCCAGAGUGGGAAGUGGCAGCUUGGCUUCCAAGCGAUGUCCUUUGACCUCUAUGCCAAAUAUGGCAACAAUCGCACCCUGAGCCUCGUGAGCCCCAAGAAGCCGUACUACCAGUGGCGCCUCCGUGUGCCAUCGGGUCAUGUGGUUCGCCUGGUCGUCCUCACCCUGCACGGUGCCACACCGGGAAGCUGCACAGCCCACAAGCUCUCAGCCUACGACUUCUUACUUCCAUUACAGAACAAGAUAAUCGCCAGGUGGUGCGGGCUGCCUGUUUCAGGUUCGACCCCUGUCAUGAAGCUGACGUCCUCUGGGAAUGUGAUGUUGGUCACCUUCUCCUUCAGCAGACAGAGGGAUGGAGCUGUCUUCAAAGCUUACUUCCAAGCCAUCCCAAAAGCAGUUUGUGGAGGGUCAAUUUCCUCCUGGAACGGCUCCAUUUCCUCACCCUACUACCCUUCCUAUUACCCUCCUAAUAUAGACUGCACCUGGACACUACGGGCGCCGUUGCCAGGAUACCUGAUCUCCAUGACGAUCGUGACGAUGGACAUUCAGGAUUCCUCGUCAUCAGAUGGCUGUGAGAAAGACUGGCUGGACAUUGGAGGGGUCAAACUUUGUAAUCCAGUGUCGGACAGCAGCAAAAAGCGAGUCUACUCCUCACCUCUGUCACUCCACUUCCAUUCGGAUGAAUCGCUCACUCACAAAGGUUUCUACUUGCUCUACCGAGCCUUCUCUCCAGAGGGCACCUGUCCUCGGCAAUUUCGCUGUGGAGAUGGACGCUGUAUCCCUCUGAGGAAGGUGUGCGAUGGGGUGAAAGACUGCUCAGAUGGACGGGACGAGGCUAGAUGCUCGUCCUGCAGGCCUGGUGAAGUGCUGUGUGGAAACGGCCAGUGUAGGCCUCAAAGCAGCAAGUGUGUGAGCCAGAGCAGCUGUUCAGACAGCAGUAGCGAAGAGGGAGCCUGCGCAGGUAAAUGUUACCACGUGUGUCCCAACAAGGUGUGCUUGCCAAAGUCUGCAGUGUGUGACGGGAUUAUCGACUGCAAAGACCGCAGUGAUGAAGUCAAUUGCAGCAGACCUUAUAUUAAAGGCUGCUCCCCAUACUCGUACAAAUGCGCCAAUGGAAAGUGUAUAAGUAAGGUUAACCCAGAGUGUGACGGAGUCAAAGACUGCUAUGACGGCUCUGAUGAAAUGCGCUGCAACUGUGGCACCAGGCCCAGGAAGCGUACCAAGAUAGUGGGUGGCUCUGAUGCCGGGGCGGGCUCAUGGCCAUGGCAGGUCAGCCUCCAGAUGGAUCGCUACGGCCACGUCUGUGGAGCCACACUGGUCGCCAGCCGCUGGCUCAUCUCUGCGGCUCACUGCUUCCAAGACUCGGACGCCAUUAAAUACUCAGAUUCUCGCGCGUGGCGGGCCUACAUGGGAAUGCGUGUGAUGACUACGGGGAACAACGGAGCAGCCACCAGAACAAUCCGGCGGAUCGUCCUCCACCCGCAGUACGACCAGUUCACAUCGGACUACGACAUUGCACUUCUGGAGCUCAGUGCUCCCAUUUUCUUUAACGAAUUAGUGCAGCCUGUGUGCAUCCCCGCACCAUCACACACCUUCACAACAGGGACCAGCUGCUUCGUGACAGGCUGGGGCGUCCUCAUGGAGGAUGGUGAACUGGCCGCUCGCUUGCAAGAGGCCUCAGUAAAGAUCAUCAACAGGAGUACUUGUAACAAGCUAUAUGAUGACGCUGUCACUCCCAGGAUGCUAUGCGCCGGGAACCUCCAGGGAGGGGUGGAUGCCUGUCAGGGUGACUCAGGAGGUCCGUUGGUGUGUCUGGAGCGAGGCAGGCGGUGGUUCCUGGCUGGAAUCGUGAGCUGGGGUGAGGGCUGCGCGAGGCUGAACCGUCCCGGUGUUUAUACACAGGUGAUCAAGUUCACUGACUGGAUCCACCAGCAGACUAAAGGACAGGUGUGACUGAAUACCUGCCUGACACAAACAAAACUUACAGACUUUAGCACACAGGAUGAAGGUUUCAGACCGGGAGUCCAUUUUCAGACUGUUGUCAUGAUUGCAUGACAACACAUUUGGACAGUUUUUGGGAGCAUGUCCAUGGCAACGGGCCAGCAGGGUGAGCAGCAGCAUGUCAACAUAGCAGUAGCUAUGUUGACAUGCACAAAAAAAAAAAAGCCAGUACAUAACAUGCAUGUCAUAGAAGCCACAGUUUUGAAACAGCGAUAGUAAAUUUCCUCAAUCAGAUAGACAGCACAGUACCUGCUUUAAUCUGUAGAAUCAGGUUUCAGAACAGAUUACAGGCUGGCAAACUACCCAGGUUAUCUUGUGCAUGUAAACCUACCCACUUACUUCCUGUUUUUCUAAUGCUUUCCUGCGUUUCUUUUCCCUGCCACAUCCACCUUUUCAUGGCCAUGUCAGGUGCUGCCAUUAAAAUCAGAUCAGUCGUUUCAUUGAACAUGGAAAGAGUUCUCUCCCCACAAAGUAUGUAACCGGAUGUCUUAGCCCUCGUCUACAUUCAUCCAUGUACUGUAUAUGUGUUUUCGUGACUCGCUGCAUGUGUUUUAAGAGUUGUUAUUGUACUGUAUGUGUAUGUAUGUGCAUUUGUAUAUCAUGAGUUUAUCUGAGUCCUAGCCGUAUGUUCAAUAUAUUCUGUAACUGUAGACAAUCCCUCAGUAGGAGGUGAUAAUAUAUUUUGCAUUUCAGUUUUUGCUAUGAUUUAAUUUAUCUUCACCGUGCCUCGUUUGUACUCCGCCACGAUCACAGCUCAUGCAGCGGAUGCUCGUGUGAGGCUCAAAUCAGAAGCUCCAGAGGAGAACCCACAAAUCUCCUGCUCGCCAUUAUCAUUCAGCUCACAUCACCACCCAGUGGCCAAUCUCCACCAUUGUGUAUUCUAUGUCCAGUGGGGACAUGAUGCACCUACCCACCCAAAGGAUGAACAAAAAAAAACAAAAAAACAUGCAGUUUGCAUCAUUGUUUCAUGAUAUCAAAUUAUAUGCCUUUAUAUUAAAGACACCAUUUCCAACAGCAGCAGGUCAGGCAUUUGUUUCUCAACAAAACUGUUAAAUCAGUGCUUUUCAGUCAAAUGAAUAUCUAACCUGAGCAAUAGUUUGAGGUAUGACUACAUAUAUACAUACAUAUACCUUGCAUAAUCUGAUGAUGUUAUGUAGGAUACUUUGAGCAAGAACUCACCUCCAAACUGAGACGACCUGUAUAUUUUUUCUACUUGUGUUAUCUUGCAAGGAACAUGUCAAGUCUUUUUUUUUCUUUUUCUUCUACUAAGAAAAGAUUUACUGUUUGAAAUGCGAGAAACGUGUCUGUCAAGUUGUUGAUUAUGACACCACCGGUUUACUCCAGUGCCUACGUGCUGAUUAUCCCGUGUACCAAUCCAGAGGAGUACACAGAUGUAAGCAGAUGUUCCCUGCUCGCAUCCUCUGUGAUAUUCAAUGGUGCUGUUAAGAAAAAAAGAUCAGUUGCACUUUAUUUAUUUAUUAGGAAAAAGACACUUUUAUGUGCAAAUGCAUACUUUAAAACACUAAUAUACGUUAAUAUACUUUUAUUAACACCUCAUUGCUUGAUUCUUUUUUUAACACCUCACUGCUCGAUGCUUGACCACCGGUGACGCGCCUUGGGUGUGUCAAUGGACGUCACGGAAGUCCGCUAUCCGGUGGCUGCACUGUGGGAACUGUAUAAAUCCGCGCCACUUUCCAAAACGAUGGGAAAAAGUUGCACUGGAGUUCAAGCGCGGUGUCCUAUUGCGUGAUCUCCCGCAGCUAUCCUCAGGAAACCGAAUCAUCUCUAUUCACUGACCAUCAGCGCUGAGCGCCUACAGACACAGACAAGAGCGCUGCGCUGUGUUGUGUUGUGGAAGG